UCUGUGCGUGUGCAUCUGUCAUUUCACUGAUCGACCGACCAAUGUCCGAAUGUCCGAGUCCCUGUGGCAGCCAUGGAUGUGUGCAGCCACGUAGGCAGCCGUCCAGCUGUCUGUCUGUCCGUCUGUCUGUCUCAUACACUGUCAAUCUAAUUACACCCCAGGACACACAUGCACAGAGGCGCACACACACAUGCACUAAUUACAGACGAAUAGACAAGCCCACCCACACACACAUCUGCCGAGAAUGACCCGCACGCGCCCAUAUGCACCACCAUCACUACACCUGUGCUUCUGUGGCCUGGCCUGAUCCCCCCCACCUGUUAUGCGUCGAUGUGUCUGUUUGGGGUCCUAGCACCCAAGCUCACAUCUUCACUGCUCGCUCGGGCACUAGGCCCCCACACACACACGCCGACCACAUCAGGAAGGGCCAGCCCGCCACCACCACACCCAUGCACGCUCAUCUCCCUGUCUGCUCCUUUCUGCCCUGAUCUGAUCUGCUCUCGGUUGUGUUGCUUGUGUUCGUGUCAAUUGUCCGCCUGGCCGUGUCUGCCCCCUCAAAGGUGCCGGAAAAGACACCAUGCCUGCAUAUGAGCAUGCGUCUUUCGGACACCCCAAGAAAGCCAACACUGCCACGGCGAGCACGACACACACACACACACACACAGGAGGAAAACCUUAGCUAGCGGGAUGGGAAAACCGCUGCUAGAUACAGUACACACACAGGCAGUGCGCUCACACUUACUGCACGCGGCAAAAAGUGACGUGAGACUGACCCCUGACUGUGCAACACUGUCCUGCGAUCGACCACUGCGUGCGAUCCAUCCUUCAUCCAUCCCUUCUUGCCUUAAUUAGACCUGCGUACCCCUUGCUGCCCACCUGCCUGCCUGUCUGUCUGGGCGAGGUCUCGUCAUUCUGGUGUUUCACCCAACCCGCCAGUGACGCUUCCAACCACAUGUCGAAUUCACACGUGAUGGAAGACGUCAAAGGGAGGUUUGAGAAGCCCCAGAAACGACCGAGACCCACCCAACACACACCAAUCGCAUCAAGUAGACGACCAAAGAACCCUCUCCCCUAGAUAAUUAUUGGCUCACUCGGACCUUCGUCACUCACUCAGUCACUGCCCCUUGAGUCUCUUGUGUGCCCCCUCGCCCCUCUCCGCCCCCCCAAUGGCAGCAGCAGAGCAGCUGCGGCCGCCGGGCGGCGUCAGCGGCCCAGUGUCCAUCGGCGAUCCGCACCCUAUCGACGGCGAGACGCUGUCUGUGGGGGAGGGGGCGGCGAUGGCCGAGUGGGGGCGCUUGCUGCCGCUGCCUGUGGAUGGGGGGGCGUUGGGGCUGUUGUCGGGCGAGCCGCCGUUGGGCGAUCUGGAGUGGAUGAGGGACAUGAGCAGAGGGGGCCCGAAGGAAGGGUCGUUGAUCUGCACACACAGGCACAGAGAGGGGGGAUGGUGUGUCAUCUCUCUCUCUCUCUCUCUGUGUGUGUGUCUGAAUGGGGGGACCACGCACUCACCACUCGCGGCGUCCACAGUGUCUGCGCGAGCUCCGUUGCGAGCGAAUUGUCGAUCUUGGGGUCCAGCAGCUGCAGCAGCCGGGGAACCGCACCCAAAUACUCAUUCUCCGCCAGCACCUCCGGCUUCACGCGAUCCAACAACAGACGCGCCACCUGCACCCCCGCACACAUAACACAUACCACAGACGCCAUCUCGCCCCCACCCCCACCGAGACCGACCUUGGUGGAAGUCCAUGUGGUGAGGUUGUCCCGCCGGUUGUGCCACCAGCCGUGCAGCAGCCGCAGCGGGCUCACGCCGUCCAGCGCGGCGUCGAACUCGGGGCAGGGCGCCUGGGCCAGCGCGUAGGCCAGGAAGGUCGCCAGACACUCGAACGUGUUCCUGUGGGUGGGUGUGCACAUGGGGACACGUCAGGUCGUUUGUUUGUGUGGGCGAGAGGGGUGUUACCUGGUAGCUGUGUCGGCUGCAGAGGUGUGGAGGGCGUCGGUGAGGACCGAGAAGGCGUCCCAGCUGCCGUCGACCAGCAGACACUUGAAGUAAUGCAGCUGCCCAGACACACACACAUACACAUCCACACGCAUCCCUCCCUCCACCCCUCUGCCACCCCAUGCAGGUCUGUUUCUGUUGCCCACCCACAUACACACAUACCGCCAUGCUCCGCAGAGGGUACUCGCACACCGUCACCUCGACCUCCACGCUGUCAACCGUCGCAAUACCACCACCGGACACGACCGCCCGCUGCCUAUCCUCGUCCUUCACCCUGGUCCCCUGCAGCACCCCCUCCCUCCGCCCGCCCAGCGCGACGCAGCAGCUGCCCGCUGGCAUGGUGGCGGAGCAGAGGAUGGUGCCGUCGACGUGGUAGGUGGCCGUGCCGUUGAAGCAGCCCGUCCGUAGGCCGCCGCAGGGGAGAGUGGCUGCAGGAGAAAGCAAUGGAGAGACAGUGGGCGAGAUGGGGUGGGCAUGGUGAUGGUGGUGGAGGUGAGGGUUGGUCACUUACGAGUAUAGAUGGCUUCGAACCGGGCGAUGUCGGCGAUGGGCAGCUUGGGGUCCUGGUGCACCCCACAUCCCGUCGCCAGCGUGAAGAAAUGUCCCCCACUGUGAGCGCGCGUCGAUGCACUGCACCACCACACCAAAGCCACACACCCACAUGGCCGUCUGCCUGUGUGUCUGUCUGUGUGUGUGGCUGUCAGUACCUGAAUUGCACCUGCACUUGGCCGAUUUUGACGGUGUGUCCCGGCUGAAAGGCGUGUUCGACCGUGUUGGUGGUCUCGAGACAGAAUGUCUUGGCCUGAAAGACCUUCCGCAGCGCGUCAGGGAGGCUGUCGCUCUGGGUGGCCGCCUGCAGCCACGCGGCAAGCUCGGUGGCCGACACGUUCACCUUGUGGCUGUCGAUGAGGCAUAGCAGUUGCUCCAGGGCCUCCUUGAUGCACUCGGCGAAGGGGUCCUUGUCGCCCAUGUUGCCCGACUGAAUGCCGUCCCUGACAAUGCAGACGGACACAGACACGUGUGUGUGUGUGUGUGUGAUGUGGGAAGGGGGAGGGAGAUUGCUAACAGAGUGUCCGCAACGAUCGCGGGGAACUGCAUGAGCAUCGCUGGGAGGUCGCUCCUGAACAUGGGCAUCAUCAGGACGUGGUGGAAGGCAGACCUGUGUGUGCGAGGCGAGAAACAUCCAUACACACCACACCACACAGCCACAGAGACAUCCAUCCAUCCAUCCAUGGUGAGUCCUGUGCUGUGCUGUGUUGUGCUAUGUCUUACAGGUCGGUGGAUGAGGCCGAUGAGCUGCUGGGCGAGUAGGGCUGCUGCUGCUUCUUGGACACCUCGGUCAGCAGCGCCGGCAGCAGCGACCGGUCCGACCACCAACAAGACCGAAUGCCUUUGCGCUCGAGCAGCGGCUGCACAGUCACCAAACCGACACACACACACACACACACAGAGAGAGAGAGAGAGACAUAGACGCGUUGCAUUUCGGUGCAUGUAUGUGAGCACACCUACCACGAUGCGGUCGACGAACCGGCACCCAAAGUAGUCGAGCGCGGUGAGUGCCGCGAUGAGGUUGUCCUCGGUUAUCGCCUUGACGACGUCGCCCGCGUCACGCUGACGACACAAACACAGACAGACGACACACCGAGACGUCUGCCGACACCUGUGCAGACCUGCCCCACCCACCACCCACCCGCAGCACGACUUUCGCCUCCUCUCUGCCGAUGCCGUCGACCUGCAGCGCGUCGCGCCUCUCCCUGCCAGAGAACCAGCGGAAGCCGUCUGCGAGUGAGGCCGGCACAGAGAGGGUGGAGCCGCCUGCGUCUCUGAAGGUCAGCGAUAUCAUCGCGGUGGGAGUGCCGUCUCGGCUGCCGUGCGACACCAUUUCGUCACGAAAGAGCGUGAGAGAGGCGUGGAGGUAGAUUCAGCUUGCUGAUGGUAACCUCCUUUAGUUCUUUUUUCG